GAGUCAAAGCAGGAGGAAUUAUGAUAAUGACCGUUGUGUUGAAGUCAACCGGCCCAGGAAGUAAACUGUUGCCUACAAUCUGUGUGUUUGUUGUAGUUCAUGAAAAGAGAUUUACGUUGGAGAUGAUAACUUGCGUUAUCGUUUAUAUUGGGGUAUUUACCUUUUGCAUAUAUCAUUACCAUGUAUUAAUACACACUUACACAUCAAAGAAAAUAUAAAAUCAUGAAUCAGACAAUAGGUGCUCUUUUACUACUGUGGCAGUUUUUCAUGUCUUCCAUAUAAAUACAAGCCCUGGCAGUGCCAGCUAUUCCUUAUUAGAUUUUUGCACUUAGGUUAUUUUUUUUCUAUGAUGAGCGAGAGGAAGAGAGAUGUACAUUGUUUAUUCAUGUUUUUGGUAUAUUUUGUUUCCUUCAGGUGCUUUAUGGUGGACAAGGAUAUGUGUGAGAUUAAUGCUUUGCGGAAAGUCUUUUCUGAGUCAGACAUCCUUCUUUGCUGGUAUCAUGUCAUGCAAGCUGUCGUCCGUUGGCUUACAAAGACAGACUCUGGAGUCAGUGGAUCAUCAAAUAUCGAUGUUAGGACAGAAAUUGUUUCUUUCGUCAAAAAGAUGAAGCUUUGUACAACCGAACAUGAUUUUAAGUCAACUGCUGAGCAGUUCUUCACGAGGUUUGAAGAUUUCCCAGCUCUUUGCUCAUACUUCAGGGUUCACUGGCUGGAAAUAGGACACAUGUGGUCUGACUUUGGACGAUGUUACGACCAUGCUGCUUCUGAUACAAACAAUCUUGUUGAAAGAUUUUUCCAUCGCCUUAAAUAUCAGUUUUUGGGUGGGAUUAGGAACCGUAGGCUGGAUGAUCUUAUCAAAAUUCUCCUUAAGAAGACGGAUGGAUACUUCCAGACCAUUCAAGAUUUGCAUGCAGUUGGAAGAAUGAAAAAUGCUUCUUUGAAGUCAGGACAAAUACUUGAAUCAGCAUCUAGAUUGGUAGAGAAAGGUUGGGAGAAGGACAUUCAGCUCAUAGACCACGACAUGUACAUUUAUGAAAUUCCAUCAGAACAAACCUCUAGUCUCUCCUACAAAGUUUGUCCUUCUGAAAGUUUUUGUAGUUGCCCAAUGGGAAUCAGAGGACAUCGCUGUAAACACCUUGUACUAACUGAUUUGCUAAGUAAAAAUGUUUCUCAAAAGUUCCCUGCUUUGGAUUUUCAAUUAAAUGCACAUGCGACUGUAAUUCAGCAAAAACAGCUUUACUCAGUUUUGUGCUUUGACACAAAAGAGGUGGAUGUAAAAAGUUUAUGUAAUGAGAGAAUUUACCACACUUCCGCUACAACGCUUCAAUGUACCUGUUGUACAUAUUCUUAUUAUAAGAAAUGUGCCUGCCUUCUCCUGGCAUGUGAAUUAUUUGAUGUCAAGUUAAAAACAGCUGUAUCUACUUUGGAUCAAGACACAUCGCUGCAAGAAAACAUGAACACUGCAGCAAACCACUCUAAAACUGAAAUAGAGAUGUUAAAUGAAAUACUGGAGACUGUGAAGCAAUGGCAGACAAUUCCUAAGGACAUCUGCCACAAAAUUCAAGACUUGCAUGACAAUGUAACAAAUGCUUGCAUAACUGGACCUAAACUUCCAGAAGCUAAUGUGGAUUUGAGAAGGAAGAUAAGACCAUUGUUUCCACACAGAGCAAAAAAUGUUAAACGUUGUUAUAGAAAAAAUCUUAAAAGGCUAAAUACUAAAGCUAAAUAAUAAAUUGAAUGCAAACAUGAGAAACAUUCAGGAGUAGUAGAAUGUAAAAUGUAAUUUGAAAAACUAAGUUCAUUUAAACAAAAUUGUACAUAUAUAUAUAAGCAAUGAAGUUAGCGUGACUGCUGUUUUAGUCUUU